AAAGUUAUAGUAACAACUCCAAAAUAAGUUAGUUCUAAUAAAACUAUGAUGAUUUUCCAUAUCUCAAAACUAUUUCUCCUUUUCACCAUCUUCACUACAUUCUUAUAUCUCUCUUUAAGUUAUGAUACCCCAACCAAAUACUCAUCCAUAUUAGGUCCAAACCUUGAUAAGCUUCCUACUCAAGAUAAAGCUAUAGAAUUAUUCCAACAAUGGAUGAAAGACCAUGGAAGGGUGUACAAAGACCUAGAAGAGAUGUCAAAGAAAUUUGACAAUUUUCUUUCAAAUUUAAAAUAUAUCAUAGAAACUAAUGCUAAGAGAAAGUCACCACAUGGCUUUCUUCUUGGCCUUACUAACUUUUCUGAUUGGAGCUUCCAAGAGUUCCAAAAAAGAUACUUACAUGACAUUGAUAUGUCCAUGAACAUUGACACGAUGAAGAUGAAUGAUGUUCUUGGCUUAUCAUCUUGUGAUGCACCUUCAUCCUUGGAUUGGAGGUCAAAAGGAGUUGUAACAAAUGUUAAGGAUCAACAGAAUUGUGGAAGUUGUUGGACAUUCUCAGCAGUAGGUGCUAUUGAAGGACUAAAUGCAAUAGUGUCAGGAAAGUUAAUUAACUUUUCAGAGCAAGAGCUUUUGGAUUGUGAGCUAAGUGGAGGUUGCAAUAUGGGAUGGGUUAACAAAGCAUUUGAUUGGAUUAUUAGAAAUAAGGGUAUUGCAUCCGCAAAUGAUUAUGCUUAUACAGGAAACAAGGGUGCUUGCAAAGCCUCACAGAUUCAAAAUAAUGUGUUUAGUAUCAUUAAUACAUAUCAUCAUGUGGAGGAGUCAGACAAUGGACUAUUGUGUGCAGUUGCUAAGCAGCCUAUUAGUGUGUGUCUUUAUGCAUCCCAAGACUUUCACCAUUAUUCACAUGGAAUAUUUGAUGGGCCAAAUUGUCCUGUGAAUUCUAAAGAUACAAAUCAUUGCUUGUUAAUAGUGGGUUACGACUCUGUAGAUGGUGAAGAUUAUUGGAUUUUGAAGAAUUCAUGGGGCACUGCUUGGGGAAUGAAUGGUUAUAUGUGGUUGAAAAGGAACACUAAUAAAACACACGGGGUGUGUGCAAUUAAUGCAUGGGCUUAUAAUCCAGUCAAAUUUCAUGGAAGGAAGCCAAUUAUUAGUUCCAUUUUAGAUCAACAAUAAGUUAAAGCAAUGAAGAAUGUUAACAUGUGUCCUUAAUGCACAUGUUUCUCUAUCCAAUUAUGUAUGUGUAUUCUCGAUCUUGUUUUGAACACAUCACGAGCUUCCCUAUCCAAAGUUGUAAAGCAUAAAUAAAUUAACUAAUAGAAAGAUAUGAAAGUUUCAUGCUCAA